AUGGACGAUAGCAGUAACCUCUCUCCUUCUACUCGUUUGAUAGAUGCCCACAGUAAAACCAUUGGGGCUUGUGGCUGGUUCCUGGUUUUUCUUUCUUUCCUGUUGAUGGUCAUCACCUUCCCUUUCUCCAUAUGGAUGUGCCUAAAGAUUGUUAAAGAGUAUGAACGGGCUGUUGUAUUCCGACUUGGACGAAUCCAAGCCAAAAAAGCAAAAGGACCAGGUCUGAUUCUGGUGCUACCAUGUGUGGAUGUUUUUGUCAAAGUUGAUCUCCGCACUGUUACCUGCAACAUCCCCCCACAAGAGAUCCUCACCAGAGAUUCUGUAACUACCCAAGUGGAUGGAGUGGUCUACUAUAGAAUCCAUAGUGCCGUUUCUGCUGUGGCUAAUGUCACCGAUGUUCACCAAGCCACCUUCCUACUGGCCCAGACCACUUUGAGAAAUGUCUUAGGGACACAAACUUUGUCCCAAAUCUUAGCUGGCAGAGAAGUUAUUGCCCAUAGCAUCCAGACAAUACUUGAUGAUGCUACUGAGUUGUGGGGCAUCCAGGUGGCCCGAGUGGAAAUCAAAGACGUCCGGAUUCCCUUGCAGUUGCAAAGGUCGAUGGCGGCAGAAGCAGAAGCCACCCGGGAGGCCAGAGCCAAGGUACUGGCAGCAGAAGGAGAGAUGAAUGCUUCUAAAUCACUGAAGUCAGCCUCCUUGGUACUGUCUGAAUCUCCUGUAGCACUUCAGCUGCGCUAUCUGCAAACUUUGGCUACUGUGGCCACAGAGAAGAAUUCCACCAUUGUCUUCCCUCUGCCUAUGAAUAUACUAGAGGGCAUAGGGAACAUCAGCUAUAAUGACAAUAAGAAAAAAAUAGAGAGACAGUGA